AUCAAAAAUCAGCUGUUCGGAACUAUCAACUUAGAUUUUUGGUUAUGUCGGGUUCUCAACAAAAAAUAGUUGUUUUUUAUUCAUGAUUUCUUCUCAUGGUAGAAUUACCUUUCAAUUCUUCAAUUUCGACCAUUUGCCAUAAUGAGCUCCAAAGAUAAAACCUUCAAAGAUCACCUGAAGGAUAUAUUCAAGAGAAAUAAAAGCGACACAGGGAGUUAUGGAAGUCGUGGCGAUGUACUUUUCGUGUCGGAAGAUCUCCUUAAGGACCUAGGCAAGGAUUCUCCUUUGGCUACAAGACUUAAGAUCUUGAAACAUCUAAACGUUAGGGUAACAGAAAGUAAAGUAGAAGAGGGUGGCAUUGAAAAGUUAUGGAAAGCAAUAGAAGAUCUUUUUGGUAAUGAACAUACCACUGAAAUUCGCAAUGCUGCUUUUCUAUUCACCCAAUAUCUUAUUAGAGGCCAAUAUGAAAGAAUGAAGCUUCUAAGAGCUCACUUUUUUCGGUUCAUUAAGUCCCAUAAUCAUCCGGAAGACGUUCGUCAACGUUUUGAACUGUUGAAUACACUUACUUGUAAUGGUAAAGACAUUACUCAUUUUGAUGAAGAGAUAGGAUGUUUUCUCUUAAGUUGGGUACCUGAUAUAACCAGGACUGGGAAGUUGGAGGAAUACUUGAACCUGAUUGAUAAUAUGAUUAAGUUUAAUGCUUCUUAUUUGUCUGAUGAAAUUAUUACAGGCUUUAUCCAUCAUAUUUGUACACUAUGCUGCAGCACUAGUAGUCAUGAUACAGUAGUUUCUUGUCUUAGAAUCAUGUCAACAGUUGUGGCUUACAGCAACAUGUCUCCAGAAUCAUUACCAAAGUUUUUGGGAACACUGUGUAGAACUGUCAUUGUUGAAAAAUAUUGCAAUGAUAGCUGGAAGAUAGUGAAGGACCUCUUAGGAACACAUUUGGGACACUCCACCUUGUUCACAAUGUGCAGAAUUCUUCAAGAGAAAGGGCUGAGGUCUGACGCUGAUCUUUUAAGGGGAGCUAUCUUUUUUAUCCAUAUGGCUUUGUGGGGAAAUACAUCUUUCCCCAACUUACUUUGCCCACCGACUGCUGUAAUGCCCUCGUUUUUACAGGCAAUCCAAUGCAACCAACCAGCUGUGGCUUAUGAAAUGAUGUUUGGCAUACAACAUCUAGUUAACAAACAUGGGAGUGAACUUCACGAUCCUUGCUGGGAUGCAGUACUGAAAAUUGUUGCUCACAUCAUCCAAAACAUCGACAUUUCAUCAACCAAUCAACCAAACAAACUUAUAGCGGCCCCCCUGCACGAAACACUGAACAAUAUUGAACGUCUGAUAGACAAGGGAGACUUCAACGGCAACCCAAAGCAGUUUUUUGAGGUAUUAGAGUUGUGCGCAGCAGACAGACCGGAAAAUUCUGUCGUAAGGUUGCUCGUAUAUUUGUCCCAUAGCAUUGUUCCUACAGAACAUCUUUGGUUAACCAAGUUGCACAAUAUGCUACAAAAAUACUUCAAACUUGAAAGUAGGUCUAACAUCAGACUGAAGGUUUUGGACAUAUUGUCGGAGGUUAUCAAACUGAAUAGGAGAGUUUAUGAGGAUGAAUUGAUUGAUAGAAUAGUCUUACCACAUAUGACUAAUAUUGUCCAAGUCAAUGACAUUGUUAUCAGAGCUUCUGUAGCUAAUCUUAUUAUAGACUUUUGCAUGGAAUGUGAAACUAAGCGGUGCUUAGAGCUGUUAGAAAUUUUGGAAAAGCUCCUCUAUAGACCUUUUGAAGCCCCGUCUGAAAACAUUGCUCUCAAAGAGGGUGAUGUGUAUGAUAUCAACUGUGUGGUCAGUGGUUUGAUUAAAGUGUUCACUCACAAAAUCUUCAAACUGCCAUCUUCUCAUGCUAUUAAAAUUUACAAAAUGUUGGUUUGCUUUUUGGAACAACAUUACAAAAGACCGAAAUUAUUCGAGAACUGUCCUGAAGUAAGAAAAAAGAUUUUCGACUGCUUCUUAAGGAUGCGUGCAGAUAAAUAUUGCCGUUUGGGCUGCGCAGUGGACAACAAGAUGAAGUUCAGCGCCUACCUGUGUGUGAUGUAUCGCGCUGGGAACAGAACGGAGUCUCUAGGAUCACCUCCCCCUACGUCACAAUCGCCUACUGCCAUUCAUCAAAUACCACCCUGUAUCAUCACACACGUUUCCUUGAGGAAUGCAUUCAAGAUUGUCAUUACAUGUCUUAAACAGGAAAAAGAUUGGGAAGUUCUGAGUCUAGUUCUGAGAGAGCUGACCAGAGUCUUGCAGAAUCGAUCAUUGAUACUGGCAAAAACAGCAAACACCGAGCUGGAUCUACUAGUGAACGUCCUGUGCUCGAUGAUAACCGACAAAUCUUUGAACCUCCCUGAUUCUCUGAACGUACGCGUCAGCAAACCAGACUUCCACGCCUUGGUUCUCCUGGUCCUAGUGAAUCUCGCCUCGUACCACAGCUACAUGGACCACGUACAUCAACAAAAGAUGAUCCGCUGUUUGGUGAAGGGCACCAACUCAGCGGGGCCGCGCAGUUCAAGACACUGCAUCGCUGCACUUACAGUGUGCACUUUGGAGAUGCGAGAGGUUAUGGUGAAGAUGCUGCCCGAGGUGUUGCUCAGUUUGUCCAAGAUAUCGGCUACUGUGCAUAUUGCUAUUCCAGUAUUGGAGUUUCUUUCUACUCUAACUCAGUUGCCUACGGUUUACGCCAGCUUUGUUGCCGACCAGUAUAUGGCUGUGUUUGCCAUAUCUUUACCAUACACAAAUCCUUUCAGAUAUGACCAUUACACCGUAUCUUUGGCACAUCAUGUCAUAGCUGUAUGGUUCCUUAAGUGUAGGGUACCAUUUAGAAAAGAUUUUGUCAAAUUCAUCACUCAAGGACUCCAAACAAACGUCCUAGUACCAUUCGAGGAUAAUAAAACAAUCUUUAACCAAUCAUUGAGCGAACUGAACCAAGACAGUAGUGACCGCAAGCGCAGUUCCAGCCUUACGGAACAGAGCUCUAGAAAACGCAUCCAACAGCCUGUUAGACUGGAUAAACCAUUACACAGGCCAGCUUCUGAAAAAUCUCUCACAACUACUUUCUAUGAGGAACUGACGGAAACUUGCAUUGAUCUCAUGGCUAGAUACGCUUUUUCGCCUUGUACUGCUCUACCAAGAAGGUUACCAGUAGCUGAAUUUCUCCUGAAAGGCGGUCAGAGCAUGUGCUGGUUGGUAGGAAACAAGUUGGUCACAGUGACUACCAGUGGUUGUUCACAGAAGAUUCUGAAGAACGGGGUUUGUGACAAAUGCUGGAUUGUCUGCAAAAGUGGGGAAGGUCAGACUAGAGGCGGUAGCAAUGAUGAUGAAGGGACUAGUUGGGGCUCACGGCAGGGGUCGAAUGAAAAAUCGAGUCAGUCAGCUCGAAAAUUUCAUAACCAAGUUCUUUCGGAAGCCUUACUAGAAUUACUAUCCUUCGACUCAAAAGGAAACUCGCCCGUGGAAGACAAAACUGAAAAGGAUGAACCUAUAGCAGCUAAAAUGAAAAAGAUUAUGGAGAGAAUGCCGGAAGAAAGGGAAUUAUGUUCUUGUUGGUGUUCCGGUUGGGCAGAGAUACACGUGCGAAGGCCCACAGGGAACAUGUCCUGGGUGAUGAGAAUCCAAAAUCCGACCAGCUUGACGAAUUCGGUCUAUGAAUUUCCAUUAAGGGAACUGUCGACAUUGUUCAUGUCAUCUUUGAUCAUAGACGACAAAGGAGAAGUGGCAACGAGACCGCCGCUCAGGCGGCAGCCGUCAGAAGAUCAGCCUAAUCCUGAAGAUGAAAGAGCAAGUGUAGCAGCAUCAGAAACGAACAGUAGCGAUAUACCAGGUUCUCCUCGGCAAACUCCUUCCCGUCAGAAUUCGCGUGAUUCCGUGGAAGACGAAUCUGACUGUCAAUACGACGACGGAUCAGGUCGCUCCAGAAAUCCGGUUCGUCGCUCAAAUUCCAGUCCCGAGAUGUCUGCCAGUUGGAAGAAUCCAUUUUUGCACCAGAAAGGCAGUUCGUCUUCCUCUGGGGAGAGUGAGGAGAGCAAAUGCUUGGAUGAGGACGGUGGGAAGAAAGCGGGCAAGAUGUACUCGAAGGAUAUGCGGGUCAGCUGUGAGGCCAUACCUGAAGAGAUUGCCGGAUCAGGUACUACCCCCCCAUCAAGUCACCCAUUCCUCCCUCCAGGAGGUACCAUGCCACAGCAAGAACAGCAACAGCCCCCCGCGUCGCCACACCAUCCAUCCCUACUAAGCUGCUACAGCUACCCCGGCUCCUCCGCUCAACAGGCUUCAACGUCCGCCCCCAAAAUGCCGCAUUCGGUACCGCCCACUCCUAGCGUGUCUAUGAGCAGCCAAUCACAGCAGCCGCCCGAGUUCGUCGCUAGACGACCCGCCAAUCUGGUUGGACUGACGCCGGGAGGGAGUGGUAGUGGUGGGGGGAAGCCGCCGCAGAGCCCCACGCAACUGUCGCCUAGACCUGUCGGGAGGAGGGAGAAGGAAGGUCACGAGAUCCAAAAAAGCUCUUCAUCCUCAGUCAUAGAGAAAAAUCCGUCAGGUGCCAGUUUGAGUUAUGCGCGCGAAUUGGCAAAGGAAAGGAAGAACAGCGGUAGCGUGGAAAGACUGACGACUCUAGAUGCUGGACAGACACAGAAAAGAGACAGGGUACAUACGAUUUCUGUGAUGAGUCCUGCAACCAGAAAAACUAGAGCUGAUUAUUAUAGACAAGCCACCAGGACUAAGGAUGUUCCAAAAAGCGGAAUAAAUCCGAGUUUCGUGUUUUUGCAGUUAUACCAUGCCGCAUAUUUUGGCAGUCGACAGGAAAGACCCAUAGUUGUGCAAAGUCAAGAUUCUGUCCAACGAGCGAUGUGGGUUUUGGAUUCAAUUCCGCCAUACGAAACGCACAAGAUUGGCGUAAUUUACGUGAAAGAGGGACAAACACACAACGAGGUUGAAAUCUAUAGAAAUAAAAUUGGAUCCAUGAGAUAUGUUGAUUUCCUUCAGAAUUUGGGCUUUCUGGUCAAGCUGGAAGAUUUAGACCCUCAGGUAUUUUUCCUUGGAGGCCUCGACCAACAUGGCAACGAUGGGAAAUUCGCGUACGUAUGGCAAGAUGACGUUAUCAAGGUGAUGUUCCACGUGGCGACGUUGAUGCCGAACAAAGACUCCGAUCCAAAUUGCAAUGAUAAAAGGAUGCACAUCGCUAACGACUAUGUGACGAUUGUGUACAAUGAAAGUGGGGAAGAAUUCAACAUAAGCACUAUUAAGGGCCAAUUUACUUUUGCUUGCGUCAUAGUCCAACCAUUGGAGUAUGGAAUAAAUAGGGUGACAGUGAAGAUUAAAGAAGAAUUAUCUGAUAUUAUUCCCAUGAGUGAACCGAAAUUGGUGUCAGAUCAAACGUUGCCAUCAUGGCCAGACAGUUGGCCCUACAUGCAAACUUAGCCUCAUUGGUGGGAAAUUCCAUAAAGAACAACAGACACAGCGAUCCAAACCCUUAUGCAUCUAAUUGGCUAGAGAGGCUUCGGAAAAUAAAAAAUGUGCGUAAUAAAGUCCUGCAGGAACAGAAGAAUGAAGAAAGCAUGUACCCAACUGAGGACUCAGGAUUUAGAUGGAAAAGACAGAUGGAAGAUUUCACUGAUUACACAUAAACUGCCGCCAUCUUAAUGUUUUGUGAUUUGUUUUAUCACGUGAUAAGUUGUCAAAAGAUCACGCCACAACUCAGUAAGGCAUAUGUAAUAUAGUUUUUAUUAUACAAAAGUAUGCAUUUCAAUGCUACUGUAUAUACCUACUUUCAUUUAAAAGCAAAAAUAAAGUGUCAGUGACGAUUUAGUCAAUUUAUUUCAUUGUACAGCACUAAAAAAAUGAUUUCUUAGAUUAAAAAAAAUUGUGAUAACACCCUGUCCCAUCCCCUGCAACCCCAACUUACACCAAUAUGAG